AUGUCUACUACUGCAAUUCCUGCUACGGUUAUUACUGAACCUGCGAGAAAUUUAAAUGAUACAAUGAUUGCCGUUGAAUGGCAUGGCAAUACUGACGUACGCGUCAAUUCAAAACGUAAAAGACCCGAACUCACUCAACCAACCGAUGCCAUUGUUCGUAUAACUGGAACCACUAUAUGUGGAUCCGAUUUGCAUUUAUAUCAUAAUGAAAUCCCUGGGAUGGAGAGAGCCGAUGUCUUGGGUCAUGAAGGAGUGGGCGUAGUUGUUGAAGUUGGUGAAAAGGUUGCAAAUGUUAAACCUAAUAACCGCGUAGUCAUUUCCGCAGUAAUUGCAUGUGGGCAAUGUGAAUAUUGUCAAAAGAAAAUGUUUAGCUGUUGCGACGUCACCAAUCCAAGUAAAGAAAUGGAAGAAUUAUACGGUCAUCGCACCGCUGGUUUAUUUGGAUAUUCCCAUUUGACUGGAGGAUAUGAUGGAUUACAAGCUGAAUACGUUCGGGUACCUUAUGCUGAUGUCAAUCUUCUUCCAGUUUCGGAAGAAGAUUAUCAUGCUUUAGGGGAGAAGUUAGUCUUAUUAUCGGAUGUUGCUUGUACUGGUUGGCAUGCUAACGAGUUAGGCGAAGUGUCUAAAGGUGAUAUUGUUGGAAUUUGGGGAUGCGGACCAAUUGGUUUAAGCGCAAUCGCAUGGGCGAAAUAUCGUGGCGCGUCACGUAUAAUCGGCAUCGACUGUAUUACGGAACGUUUAUGUAAGGCACAUGAUCUUGGAGCCGAAACAAUUAAUUUCAAAGAGCAUAAAGAUAUAGUAGCGAAAAUUAAAGUAUUUGUUCCUGGUGGACUGGACGUGGCAAUUGAGUGUGCGGGAUUUCGUUAUACCAAAACUAUUAAACAGCAGGUGGAAAAAACACUCUUUUCUGAGACCGAUAAUAUUGACGCGUUAAGUGAAGCAAUCCGUUGCGUUAAAAAAGGUGGAAAUGUCUCCAUUAUUGGAGAUUUUGUUGGUACAGCUGCCCAUUUUCCAAUUGGUGCAGUUAUGGAAAAAUCACUCACUUUGCGUGGCGGUCAAGUUCAAGUGCAAAAAUAUUGGGCUGAACUUUUAUCACUCAUGAAAUCUAAUAAAGUGAACAUGAAUUUCUUUACUCAUCACGGGAAAUUGGCAGAUGCAGAUAAAUUUUAUAAAAUCUUUGAUAAGAAAGAAAAUGGGAUAGUUAAAGUCUUCUUAAGUGUUGGCGAUCAGGGUGAAAGACAACCAGAAAAGUAUUGA